AUGAACAAUGACUCCAAUCCAAACUCAGCAGAGGAACUGUUCACGACGGAGGAAAUCACCAGCGAACCCGUAGGCUCCACGGAGCCUGCCACAACUACUCGCAGAAGAGAUGCGUCCUCACCCGCGCAGAAGAAGUUCAAGGCGCAGCUUGUUAAGAAGUUGGAGUUCAUUGACGGACUUAUGAAAAACCUCGAUAUGCUCAUCUAUGCUGAGCUUUGCAUACUGUAUUAUAUGGAUUGUUCUCUUUUUUCCCUUGUCAUACGCUUCCUUAAUCAGUUAAUGUUUCUGACUCCGAAGCCACAAUUCGUUCCUCCACUGCCUCAACAUCGUCCAUAUAUCGGCGCGAUCUUCGGCCCAAAUAUCAUCUGUAUGCUUCUGCAUAUGUUUACUGCCCGGCCGCAUGCUGGAGAAGCUAUGCGUGGUUAUUUGCAUGGAGGUAUUAUCGUCGAUCUUAUCGGACAGAAGGGGCCGACAUCUAAGAUACAUUUGGUCGCGCUGGAUCUUCUGGUACUGGUGCUGCAAUUUGCUAUGUUGGCAGUUCAUGUGGAAAGAGAGAGACUUUCCAAGAUGGUAACUGCGUACACGUCACCAACUCGACGUGUAGACCCCGCUUCGGCUGUUGUGCCAUCGAUUCAGGACCAUGACGCCGAAGAACGAGGGGUAAUGAGAGACGGUUUUGCGGAGAAUGGCGAUAUAGAGCUACAACCUAUGGCUUCUCAAGACAAUGAUUCUACGCCGGCCCAAGAAAUAACGACCCCUAGUAAUGACGACCACGCACGGCUCCUGGCGGAGCUACCGCCCCGGGAUGAGCGCGGGGGAGAUGGUUUGGAUACCUUCUGGUCUGGUAGGGCUAUUGUGGUGGACUUGCAUAUAUUGCAUAAUAUUCGGAGGCAGUGGGCUGAUUAUGGAAACGCCACUGGGUCUGCUUUUCAAACUGUUGGGUACUCUGCUGCUCUCGCAGCUGCCACGACCAAUCGACGACUAAGACUAGAGGCUGCCACUCAACGACUCCAACGUGGGGUCGAGUCCUUGACUACAUGA